GGCCGUGAACGCAGCGUAAGGGGAGGAGCUUGUGUUUGAACGUCCAGCGGGGAAGAAAGACGAUUCGAUUGCGUUAGCAUGUUGCUUGUGUUAGCUAACAAGGCUUUGCCUCAUGAUCGAGACUUCAGUUGGUUUAAAUAAAACCUUACAGAUAAAAGCAGGGAUGAUUGAUGUUAUUACAUUAGUCUGUGUUGUAAUGUAGCUCUAGCGUCUUCCUUUGGUUGACUCGUAAACGAUGCCUAUACGAGCUUAUUGCACAAUCUGUUCGGAUUUCUUUGAUCACUGUAGAGAUGUUGCUGCCAUUCACUGCGGACACACUUUCCACUACGAGUGUCUUCUCCAGUGGUUCCAGACAGCCCCCACAAAAACAUGUCCACAGUGCAGGAAGCAGGUCAGCACCAGACACAUCAUCAACAAGCUUUUCUUUGACAUUGGGGGUGAGGAGGAGGGCUCAGCUGACCCAGAGAGCCUGCAGAAUGAGGUUGAUCGGAUGAGGGCACUUAUGAGUUCGAAAGAGCGAGACUGGCAGGACAAACAGAAAGCAAUAGAUGGGUUAAAGGACACUGUGGACAAGCAAAGGAGAGACCUGGACAGUGUUCGAAAGGAGAUCAUGGACAAAGAGAUGCUGUGCACAGCACUUAAGAAGCAGAUGGCAUAUUUAGAGACACAACAGAGUGACGUUCAGGCUGCAAAGGACGAGGUUCGAAGACUCAGGACCAAAAUCCAAACCUUUGAAAGACUGGACGUGUUGUUACAGGGUCAGAGAGACGAGGUGGAGUCCAUGGUCACGGACAUGGGCGUCAGCCCGGCGUCUGUGGAGCAGCUUUCCAUCUACUGCAUAUCCCUCAAAAAAGAGUACGAUAACCUGAAAGUGAACCUCAAGUCUUCCAACGAGAUGUGUGAGAAACUGAAGAGAGAAGUCCUGUCCUCAAACACCAAGCUGCAGAAAGCAGCGAUGGAGGUGAAUCAGACCAAAGAGGAGAAGAACUCUCUUCAGAAGGAUCUGAGCAACGCUGACAAAGAGAUCUCUAGUCUCAAGAAAAAGGUGGAGUUCCUUCAGAAGACCUUGAGCACGCCAACGCGCACCAAUGAAGCCCUCAGUCGACUUGUGUUUGAAAGCCCGGCUCCGCUGGAGCUGAAGCCCCCUCGUCUCUACCACUCAGCUGAUGAGGAGCUUGACCUUAACCUGACCUAUGACAUAACCACUCCUGGCCACGUGACCAGUAGGUCAACGCCUGUCCCGCCCAAGAAGAUGCGCCUCGACCCCCCCGCGUCUCCUGUCUCUAAGCAGAGUGGGACGUGUCCAUCGGCUCCAGGGCAGGAGCCCGUCAGCAUUCCUGCCUUUAGGAACUCUCUCCUGUUCAGGAAGAAGACUUUAGGCAGCAUGUUGGACCCUCAGAGGAAGGCUGGAGUUGUCCGGACGGGUUAUGAUGGGUUAGGAGGAAGAACCAAGUUCAUCCAGCCCUCUCCUUUAUCAGAGAUUCGCCCGCUGAUGAAGACCAGAAGGAAAAAGGUGACUCGACCUCCCAACACGAUGUCCAGCAGCCUGACUCUAGACGGGUUCCUCCAGUAACCUGUGCAGAUGCUGCUGCUGUGGCUCGGAGCGAGUCCAAGCAGAACAAUAUAAUUCUGAGUUGUUGUUUUUUUAACCGUUUCACAGACACCAAAAUGCUGGUUUAUUUAUUUUUUUGAUGACCACAAACACUUUUGUUUGGGUAGAUUCUGCUGAUACUCCUGUUGGUGUGGAAAUGAUCACUAACAGCUGAUCUCUGUGCUCCAUAUGUAGCUUGUAUAGCCUAUAGAUGUCCUGCAUGUAAAUAAAGUGUAGGGAUUUUAUAAAUAUUAAAGUGUUUUUUUAAUUUAAA